UGCGCUGCUUUCAGUGUGGCCCGUGUCUCCAAUGUGUUUUGUCACGCUUAAAGCGCUGCCCUCGGUAUAGCAAACGAAACGAAAACAAAACAAAGCCAGCACAGUAAACAUUCAAUAAAACGGCAGCAGCACCAACUAACGAAAUUCAGCAAUCUAAACUUUAAUUUUGAUUAGAAGUUUCAAAUUACAAUCAUGCCUUCCAUUUGCCUGCUGCUAGUCAUCUGCCUCGUCGCGUGCAGCGAAGCGAUACGCGUGGAUUGGGGCACCAAUACGGGUCCCAUAGUGCCGCCGCCCCCGCGCACUACACCCGCGCCGCCCAGCCGGCCAUACCGUGAGCCGGCGCCUGUCUGGGAGGACCAGAGUGACGACAUUCCCAACCCACGACCCUACGUCUAUGUGCUGCCGCCUCCAUCCCGGCCCCGAACCUGGGUCAUACCCGCCGGCCCCUAUGCACCGCCCAACUACAACAACCAGCCGCCCAAGUACAAUAACUAUGGCCAGCUAGUUGAUCCCUAUAGCAGUGCCAAUGCAGGAGCGAGACCAGCCACUGGCACCGUCGCUGUGCCAGCACUGGCGGCUCAGUAUGUGCCCGGAGUGGGCAUCAAAUAYACUGCGAUUGCGCCCAACAACAACAAGCUGCAGGGCAAAUACAAUGCGAAGACCAAGAAGUACAAGGCCUACGAGAAGGCGAAAUAUGCUCCAUGGAACUAUUUGCAGCUGCUGCCCGUGGAGGAGAAGGCGCUGGACUGGCAGGAGGCGGAGGAGGCGCCAGUGAAGGAGCCGCACUCUGAAAUGCCGCUAGACACACUCAGCUCCUCCACGACUGCAGCGCCCAACAGCAGCAGCAGCAGCCCAGCAACAGUAACAACAACAACAACAACAGCAACACCAACAACUGCUGCAACGCAAACUUCAGCAACGCAACAAACGACAACAACAACAACAACGACGACGGCCGCUAUGUUUGCCAAUUACAAGCUGGCACAUGAGAAGAGCGCCUACCUGAAGAAGCACAACAAGUUGAAGAAGCUGCUCGAAAAGCUGCAGGCACCCAGCAGCCCGACGCAAGCGAACGCGACCUCAAGUUGAGCGCUACAUAAAAAAAAAUUAAAAA